CUCCCCUGCAGCGCAGGAUGAAACCGCUGGCAUCCUGCCUGGGCCUGUGGCUCCUCUUCCAGCUCCCUGACCUGGUCUCUGGGACGCGUGUGGUCUACAAAGUGCAGGAGGAACAACCCCCCAACACCCUCAUAGGGAGGGCGCUGGCCUCUGACUAUGGCUUCCCGGACGUGGGACACCUUUACAAGCUGGAAGUGGGGGCCCCGUACCUACGUGUGGAUGGCAAGACCGGGGACAUCUACACCACGGAGACCUCCAUCGAUCGGGAGAGCUUGCGUGAGUGCCAGCACCUCCUGCCCGGAGAGCCCUGCUUCCUGGAGUUCGAAGUGUCUAUCACUGACCUGAUCUUGAACAGCAGCCCACGCCUGCUCGAGGGGCAGAUAGAGGUGCUUGAUAUCAAUGACAACACCCCCAACUUUGCCUCUCCUGUUCUCACCCUCUCCAUCCCGGAAAACACCGGGCCCACCCCGCCGCGGGCGAGCAGCGCCCUGCUUCGCAUCACCAUCCUGGACAUGAACGACAACGCGCCCAAGUUCGAGAAGGCCCUGUACGAGGCGGAGCUCUCCGAAAACAGCCCCGUGGGGCACUCCGUCCUCCAGGUGAAAGCCAACGACUCCGACCAGGGUGCCAACGCCGAAAUUGACUACUCUUUCCACCAAGCCUCCGACAUGGUGCGCCGGCUGCUGCGCCUGGACCGCACCACGGGGCUCAUCACCGUGCAGGGGCCCAUCGACCGCGAGGACGUCAACAUCCUCAAGUUCUCUGUCAUGGCCAAGGACAAGGGGGCCAACCCCAAGAGUGCUCGCACCCAGGUGGUGGUCACCAUCAAGGACAUGAACGACAACGCGCCCUCCAUAGAGAUCCGGGGCAUUGGGCUCGUCACCCACCAGGAUGGCAUGGCAAACAUCUCGGAGGACGUGCCAGUAGAGACAGCAGUGGCCCUGGUACAGGUGUCCGACCGAGAUGAGGGCGAAAACGCCGUGGUGACCUGCGUGGUGGCUGGUGAUGUCCCGUUCCAGCUGAGGCAGGCUAGUGAAACAGGGAGCGACAGCAAGAAGAAAUACUUCCUACAGACUACCACGCCGCUCGACUAUGAGUCGGUGAAGGAGUACACUAUUGAGAUUGUGGCGGUGGACUCGGGCAACCCACCCCUCUCCAGCACCAACUCUUUGAAGGUGCAGGUGGUGGACGUGAAUGACAACGCGCCUGUCUUCAGCCAGAGCUUCACUGAGGUGGCCUUCCCCGAGAACAAUGAGCCCGACGACCUGGUGAUGGAGGUAAGCGCCAGCGAUGCUGACAGUGGCUCCAACGCCAAGUUGGUUUACUCCCUGGUGACGGACCCCUCCUCCAAGGGUUCCUUCACCAUUGACCCCGACUCCGGGGAGAUCCGGGUGAAGGCGGUGCUGGACCGAGAGCAGCGGGAGCGCUACGAGUUCUUGGUAGUGGCGGCAGACAAGGGCAGCCCCAGCCUCAAGGGCACAGCGUCUGUGGCCAUCAACGUCAUGGACAGGAAUGACAACGACCCCAAGUUCAUGCUGAGCGGCUACAACUUCUCGGUGAUGGAGAACAUGCCGCCCCUCAGCCCUGUGGGCAUGGUGACGGUGAUCGAUGCUGACAAAGGAGAAAAUGCCCGCAUCCAGCUGUCGGUGGAGCAAGACAACGGGGAUUUUGUCAUCCAGAAUGGCACUGGCACCAUCCUCUCCAGCAUCUCUUUUGACCGGGAGCAGCAGAGCACAUACACUUUCCGACUCAAGGCGGUGGAUGGAGGGGAUCCUCCCAGGUCUGCCUAUGUGGGGGUGACCAUCAAUGUCUUGGAUGAGAAUGAUAAUGCUCCCUUCAUCACAUCACCCUCCAAUGCCACCUACAAACACAUCCUGCCCCACACCAGCCCUGGCCAGCAGGUGAGCAAGGUCAAGGCGGAGGACAUUGACUCCGGAGUCAACGCGGAGCUGACCUACAGCAUCACAGGAGGCAACCCCUUUGAGCUCUUCCAGAUCUCCCCGCACAGUGGAGACAUCACCCUGGAGAAGGAGAUCCUGCGCAAGCACCAUGGCCUGCACCGCUUGGUAGUGCGCGUCAACGACAAGGGCAAGCCCUCACGGCACGGCACGGCGCUGGUGCACUUCUACGUCAAUGAGACGCUGGCCAACCGCACGCUGCUGGACACACUGGUGGGGCACAGUCUGGACACACCGCUCGACAUAGACAUCGCCGGAGACCCCGAAUACGAGCGCAGCAAGCAGCGAAGCAACAUCCUCUUCGGAGUCAUCGCUGGCAUCGUGGCCGUCACCCUGGUCAUUGUGCUGGUUGUCCUGGUGCGCUACUGCCGGCAGCGAGAGGCCAAGAGCGGCUACCAGGCAGGCAAGAAGGAGACCAAGGACCUGUACACACCCAAGCAGGCCAGCAAGAGUGGUAAGAGCAAGAGCAAGGUGAAGAAGAGCAAGUCUCCGAAGCCGCCCAAGCCCACAGAGGAUGAGGAGGAGACGGGGCUGCAGAAAUCGCUCAAGUUCAACCUCAUGAAUGACUCUGUCAGCGACAGCCCCCGAAUUCACCUGCCCCUCAACUAC